CCAUUGUGACCGAGGUGUAUUGUUUUCAAAGGCCUGACGAUUGUUAUUAGCGUACGCGCGUGUUUUCACUUGUUGGUGAUCAUUCAUUUAAUUCCUCACUUGAACAGCGACGCUGCAUCUGUGUCGGGACGACGUUGAUAUCAUGAUGAACAAGGAAGAUGGCGACAAGGGACCGAAGAGCGAUAACGAGACAGCAACGAUCGGAUGGAUGGAUCUCGCUGACAACGAUAUCGAAAUUAUCUACUUCAAGGGAAAACUGUAUCGCUGCCCAAUGUGUGAACAUGCCUUCAGGAGCAGGAACUCAACCAAGGAUCACUUUAACAAGGAGCACCGUGGGUUUCGGUUUCAGUGUCCCUGUGGAAAGGAGUACAAGGUUAAAUCCUCUUUAACGAAACACCAGGAAAAAUGUAAACAAGCUGCUUGAGUCGUACCGAGCGAAGGCUUGUUCAACGUUGGUACAUUUAGUGCCCAUGCAUGUUUAGCGUAGGUUACUGUGCUUCAGUGCAUGAGGGGGCUGUCGGGUAGCCUAGUGGUUAAAGCGUUCGCUCGUCACGCCACAGACCCGGGUUCGAUUCCCGACAUUGGUACAAUGUGUGAAGCCCAUUUCUGGUGUCCGCCGCCGUGAUAUUGCUGGAAUAUUGCUAAAAGCGGCGUAAAACCAUUCUCACUCACUCAGUGCAUGAGGACUACUCGGGAUGAAGACAAUAUGGUUAUUUUGAAUUUCUGAUUCUGUUGAUCUUAAAAAGGAAUUGAUCUCAGUAGCCUUGAAUACUGUAGGUUGCCUUGAACAUUGCUGUCCAAUUGUCUUGUAUGAGUCUUUUGUCAUUGAGCGCCAUCACGUAUAAAACAUACAAUGGCUUUGCUACAACAGAGGUAUAUGGUGGCUCAUGUAAAACGCAGCUGCAGUCAUCUUGGGGUGAUUGAGUUCUGCAUCAUUUUCUGAUGCAACGGACUAAACAAUAUAUAGUAUAUAUUAUAUCAUAUAUUAUCAAUAUUUCUCAUUACACAUUAGAACACAGGUGUCUCAGCUGUCGAAGACUCCGCUAUUCGUCGUGCAGAGUUGCGUCCCUUUGGCGGGCCAGAAUGCUAUGGGUUCGAAUCCUGAUUAUAAUUCCUAAUUUGUUGAUCCAUACCCACACUAAUUGGUUUUACCAAACUUUUGUGAGAUGCAUUCACUUUCCUCCCACAUCAAACUGACAACCGUAUUAUAACUGAAAUAACGUUCGAAGCGACUUUAAAUCAAACUCCCCAGUCACUCUUUGCUGAGCAUGUUUCGCAGGGCCACAUGGCUCCAUUGUGGAGGAAUGGAUGAAACAUAUAUUUGCAGUUGUGCCCGGGGGCGAUAUUGUAUCACUAGCCCGCUCACUCAUGCAUCAAUAAAUUAAAAAUGUACAGCAAUGAUACUGUGAUGGAUAGAAGCUUUAAAAUUGUCUUCACCUAAAGGGAGGCAACCCUCUUCGCGAAUAUAAAGAGCAGAUGAUGGUUGUCGUUAAAAUCGAUUUCUUUAUCCUACAGAAUGUGUUCUCGCUUUCGUUUUCCAUGUGGUUUUAUGUGAUUCAUUAAUAACUAUUAGAAAUGUGUAUAAUAAUUAUAAUACAUGUAAAAUUAAUUCAUGUUCAUGUUCAAGCAAUGUCACCCAAGAGUAAACUAUUUUUUUAUU